AUGUUGUCUAGGAAAGCUAGUUGCAAUACCCAUGGUCAGGACUCCUAUUAUUUCCUUGGAUGGGAGGAGUACAAGAAAAAUCCCUACGACGAAGUUAAAAACCCAAAUGGGAUCAUCCAGAUGGGACUCGCGGAAAAUCAGCUCUCUCUGGAUCUUGUGGAGUCAUGGCUUGAGAGCAACCCGGAAGCAACCGGGUUCACCAAUGGAGGAUCCACAUUCAGAGACAUUGCACUCUUCCAGGAUUAUCACGGCCUUCCUGCGUUCAAAAAUGCCCUGGCGGGUUUCAUGGCGAGAAUAAGAGAGAACAAGGUUUCGUUUGAUCCGAACAAGCUGGUCCUCACUGCGGGCACGACCUCAGCGAAUGAGAUUCUCAUGUUUUGCCUCGCCGAACGUGGUGAUGCCUUCCUUGUUCCGACCCCGUAUUAUCCCGGAUUCGACAGAGACCUCAAAUGGCGAACCGAAGUGGAAAUUGUUCCCGUACACCGCUCGAGCUCGAACGGCUUUAAGAUCACCGAGUCCGCCAUGGAAGAAGCUUUCGAGCAUGCGCGAAACCAGCUGAAUCGGACUGUGAAAGGCCUCCUCAUCACCAGCCCUUCUAACCCGCUUGGCACCACGAUGACCCGCCACGAGCUCGACCAAAUCAUUCACUUCGCGAACACCAGAAACCUCCACGUCAUUAGCGACGAGAUCUACUCGGGCACCGUCUUUGACUCGCUUAGCUUCGUCAGCAUCGCCGAGCUUGCCUUGCAGCACAAGGACUCACACAACAAGAAUGACCUGUCGAGCCGCGUCCACAUGGUUUACAGCCUCUCCAAGGACCUAGGCCUGCCGGGGUUCCGUGCCGGGGUGAUCUACUCGCAGAACGAGGCGGUCGUUUCGGCGGCAACCAAGAUGUCAAGCUUCGGCCUUGUCUCAUCGCAGACUCAGCACCUUCUCUCAAGCAUGCUGUCCGACGAGAAGUUCGUGCGGAAAUACAUCAGCGAGAACAGGACGAGGAUCAAGAACAGGAAGCAAAUGCUCUUUUCGGGGUUGCAAGACUUGGGAAUCAAGUGUUUGAACAGCAAUGCCGGCUUAUUCUGUUGGGUUGACAUGAAGAAGUUUCUAAAGUCGAACACUUUCAACGCCGAGAUGGAGCUAUGGAGGAGACUGAUCUAUGAGGUGGGGUGGAAUGUCUCCCCCGGUUCGAGCUUUCACUGCAUCGAACCGGGUUGGUUUAGGGUUUGCUUUGCCAACAUGGACGAGAGGACGAUGACCGUAGCCCUGCGACGGGUUAGGGCCUUCGUCGAUCGAUUCUUUUGA